AUGGGCUGUGACGUCCCAAGCGGCCCUAUUAAGGGCAAUGGCGCCCAGGGGUCCUUCCAGGGGCGUGGACGCUCCCAAGGGACCUCCCAGAUGCUGAGGUGGGGUGGUGGUGGCCCCACGAGCCUUCCAGGGGCGACGCGCACCCGGGGGCCUUACCAGGGACGGCAGCACCCCCAUGGGCCCUCUCUAUGGGUGGCAACGUCCCUAGAGGCCCUUUUCAAGGCCGGCGGUGCCUCCAAAGACCCUCCCAAGGGCAGUCGUGACCCCAAGGGCCCUGCCAGGGGCGGCGACGCUCCCAGGAGCCCUGCCUGGGGCGGCAUCGCCUGCAAGGGCACUUUCAGGGAAGGUGGAGCCCCAAUAGGCCCUGCCAGAGGCUGUAGCACUCCCAAGGCCUCUUCCAGGGGCUGUGGCGCCCCCAGGUCUCUCUCAGGAGCAGCGGCGCCCUCAAGGGCCCUCCCAAAAGCGGCGGAUCCCUUAGGGGCCCUACCAUUAGCUGUGGCACCCCCAGGACCUCUUCCAGGAACUGUGGAGUCCCCCGUGCCCUCCCAAGGGCGGCGGCGCCCCCUGGGGCCCUCCCACGAACCAACUGCCCCAGGUCUACGGGCGUCAGGCAGCACUCCUGGAGCCCUCCCAUUUGCCCUAACAGGUGCGGGCGCGCAGGGGCAUUCCCAGGGGCAACAGCGCACCCAGCGGCCCUUCCAGGGGCAGUGGCUUCCCCAAGGGCCCAACUUAGGGGUGCCGGCGCUCCCCGGGGCCCUCUCAGGGGCAACGGCGGCCACAGGUGUCCCUGUCAGGGGCUGUGGUAUCUCAGGGCCUAUUCCAGAGGAAGCCCUUUUCAAGGCCGGCGGUGCCUCCAAAGACCCUCCCAAGAGCAGUCGUGACCCCAAGGGCCCUGCCAGGGGCGGCGACGCUCCCAAGAGCCCUGCCUGGGGCGGCAUCGCCUGCAAGGGCACUUUCAGGGAAGGUGGAGCCCCAAUAGGACCUGCCAGAGGCCUCUUCCAGGGGCUGUGGCACCCCCAGGUCUCUCUCAGGAGCAGCGGCGCCCUCAAGGGCCCUCCCAAAAGCGGCGGAUCCCUUAGGGGCCCUACCAUUAGCUGUGGCACCCCCCAGGACCUCUUCCAGGAACUGUGGAGUCCCCCGUGCCCUCCCAAGGGCGGCGGCGCCCCCUGGGGCCCUCCCACGGUGCGGCGCUCGCAAGGGCAUUCCCAGGGGCAACAGCGCACCCAGCGGCCCUUCCAGGGGCAGUGGCUUCCCCAAGGGCCCAACUUAGGGGUGCCGGCGCUCCCCGGGGCCCUCUCAGGGGCAACGGCGGCCACAGGUGUCCCUGUCAGGGGCUGUGGUAUCCUCAGGGCAUAUUCCAGAGGGUCUGGCGUCCGCAGGGUCGUCCUAGGCGCGGCGGCGCCCCGUGGGGCCCUCCCAAGGGCAGCAGGGCCCCUGGGGCUCUCCUUUGGGGUGGAGAAGCUCUCCUGGACCCUCUCAAGGGCAGCGACGCCCCAAGGGGCCCAUGACAAGGGCUGUGACGUCUCAAGGGGCCCUAUUAGGGCGAUGGCGCCCCAGGAGUCUUCCAAGGGGCGUGGACGCUCCCAAGGGACCUCCCAGAUGCUGAGGCGGGGCCAUCCCACGGGUGGGGGCGCCCCCAAAGUCCCACCAUUGGCCGGCGAACCUGCAAGGACCCUCCCAGGGGUGGUGGUGGCCCCACGAGCCUUCCAGGGGCGACGGCGCACCCGGGGGCCUUACCAGGGACGGCAGCACCCCCAUGGGCCCUCUCUAUGGGUGGCAACGUCCCUAGAGGCCCUUUUCAAGGCCGGCGGUGCCUCCAAAGACCCUCCCAAGGGCAGUCGUGACCCCAUGGGCCCUGCCAUGGGCGGCGACGCUCCCAGGAGCCCUGCCUGGGGCGGCAUCGCCUGCAAGGGCACUUUCAGGGAAGGUGGAGCCCCAAUAGGCCCUGCCAGAGGCUGUAGCACUCCCAAGGCCUCUUCCAGGGGCUGUGGCGCCCCCAGGUCUCUCUCAGGAGCAGCGGCGCCCUCAAGGGCCCUCCCAAAAGCGGCGGAUCCCUUAGGGGCCCUACCAUUAGCUGUGGCACCCCCAGGACCUCUUCCAGGAACUGUGGAGUCCCCCGUGCCCUCCCAAGGGCGGCGGCGCCCCCUGGGGCCCUCCCACGGUUGGUGGGGCUCCCAGGGGCCCUCCCAGAGGCGGCGGCGAUCCCAGGGGCCCUAUUAG